UAAAACCAGACUCUCAGGGCCAGGCCAGGCAGUGUUUUGAGAGAACAUCCCUCCACCAUGAACUUCUCAGGAAAGUACCAGCUCCAGUCCCAAGAGAAUUUUGAAGCCUUCUUGAAGGCUGCUGGUCUACCUGAUGACCUCAUACGGAAGGCAAUGGAUACCAGGGGAACGUCCGAAAUUGUACAAAAUGGAAAUCACUUCAAGUUCACCUUAAAUGAUAACCAAAUCCAGGUGAUGAGUUCACUGGGGGAGGAGUGUGAGCUGACCUCUCCACUGGAGGAAAAGGUCAAGGGUGUAGUGAAUCUAGAAGGAGGUAACAAGCUGGUGACAACUUUGAAAGGAAUGAAGUCUGUCACUGAACUCAAUGGAGAUACAAUCACCACCACCUUUACCUUGGGUGAUGUUGUCUGCAAGAGAAUCAGUAAGAGAAUUUAGACAUGUCUGCUUUUCAUUUAUGUUUACUGUGUGAAAUUGGUACAAUAAAACAUGGCUUGUUAAAAAAAUACUGUCUUUUGAAUGACUUUACAAGCAUAUGUUUAUUCAAGGUUUUAAUGAUGCCUUUUAUUCUUACAUCACAACCAUUUCUGAAUUCACUGCACCUGCCCACCCACCCCCAAUGAGCCCCACCCUAUAACAAAGAAAAGCAGGCAAGCAAAACCAAACAACAAAGUGACUCCAUUUGCUAGUAUAUACACCCUUCUGCACCCAUAGUUACCCACCUCUCCAAGGAAUGGAGGGAGCCAGAAAAAGUGAAUAGUUUGAAAGAUUUUUGCAAAUUAUCAUUCACCUAGAAAGAAAUGGUGCUGACUUUGGGCUUGAUGGAAUAAGUUGUUACCUUGUAGGGUGAUUUUAGGGGGGCUUGUGACUCAUGUCCCCCCAUUCCUCACCAACACCCCCACAAGCACCAUUAUUUCUAUUUCCCUAAUUCUGUACCUAAAAUGCGUAGGUAAGAAUCAUACCUUUAGAUCAAAGUAUUUUGAGUCCAAAAGCUCUUGGUUACAAUGUGUGUAUGUGUGUGUAUGUGUGUAUGUGUGUGUGUAGGUGUGUGUGUAUGUGUUUUAAAUGAGAAGGGUAUUUUUUAGACCAGCUAUGUAGAAUAGGACCUUGAAGACACCAACUGAAGGACCCAUUUUUCUAGUAAACAGUGAGGAAGAUUUGGGUUAUGAAGCUCACAUCUGAGAGGGGAAGCCUAAUUGAGGAGCACAGCCUUAACUUCGGCAAGGCAAGUGGACCUGUGUCCCAGGAUUUAAAAGGACAACAUGCAGUCAGCUCUGACAAUCCUUUGGCUGCAUGAGAACCACAGAGAUGUAACCUGACUUACAGAAUCACAGAAUUUCAGGGGUGGAAGGAAUUUCAGAGGCCAUCUAGUCCAAACCAUAGCUGAAGAAGAAGAUUCCCUCUACAUCACACCUGAUAAAUGAUCAUCCAUAAUUUGCAUGAAGACCUCCAGUGAGAAAGAAUCUGCUACCUUCCAAAGCAACCAUGUCUCUGUUUCAAGCAGCUGGUGAUGUAAUGCUUAGGGUACUUGGCCUGGAGUUAGGAAAACCUGAGUACAAAUCUUGUCUCAGAUACUUCUU